UCACAUUAUAAAGCGUGAACUCUCAUGGAACGCUCAACUUUGUACUAAUUGUGAUCGACCCCACAUAUAUAUAGUAACAAUACGAAAGCUAAAGCUUUGAGGACAAGGUUGUGAGUGAUGUUUCGUAGUUCAUGCGUUGUAAACAACGAGAAAGGCAAGAAAUUAACCACCUUUCCCUAGUCCCACGCCCUUCGUAAGAUCAAAUAUUUCUGCCAGGACACUUUAAUGGAAAGAUGAGCUCCUAUUACAAAAAGCGAGAGCAUUCCUCGGAACGAGCUAAAUCGUCAAAGCAUCGUAAACAAAGUGACAGUGAGUCGGACGAAGAGGAGAACUAUGUACCAUACGUACCACUAAAAGAAAGACGCAAACAGGAACUUGAGAAAGCGCAUAAACUUCUGAACAGACGGAUUGCUAAAGGAGUGAGCGAGGGAAACCAGGACCACAAAGACAGCGGCAAGGAAGAUGGGGAAGCGGCAGACGAUCUCGGUGUUCGAGCUAACGUCAGUUUACUGGAUCAACAUGCUGAACUCAAGAAAAAAGCUGAAAGUAUCAAGGUGAAUCAAUUGGACAAACAGCUAGAGGAGGAGCAGAAGAUUCUACAGAGUAUUCAAGAGCAGCGUGCCUUGAUGACAGUUAAGGAACUGGCUAAAGGAAUUACAUACACACAGGCCCUCAAGACGGGAUGGUUAGCUCCAAGGUGUAUUCUUCACAUGGGAGAAGCGAGACAUGACAGAGUACGCAAGAAACUUCAUAUCAUUGUGGAGGGCGAUGUCGUACCACCACCUAUUAAACAUUUUAGGGAGAUGAAGUUCCCCAAGUCGAUCAUUUACGGCCUCAAGAAGAAAGGGAUCAUGCAUCCCACCCCUAUCCAAAUACAGGGAAUUCCAGUUGUACUGUCUGGUAGGGACAUGAUUGGUAUCGCCUUCACAGGAUCAGGAAAGACCCUCGUCUUCACGCUACCACUGAUCAUGUUCUGCAUGGAACAGGAGAAGAAAAUGCCGUUCAUAAAGAACGAGGGCCCCUAUGGACUCAUAGUCUGUCCAUCGCGAGAGUUGGCCAAGCAGACCCACGAUGGGUUCCUGUACUUCUCCAAGUGUCUGGAAGCUGAAGGGUUACCAUCUCUGCGUAGUAUGUUGUGUAUUGGCGGGAUACCAUCAAAGGAACAAAUGCAGCUUCUACAGAAAGGUGUUCACAUCAUGGUAGCCACGCCGGGUAGAUUAAUCCACAUGCUGAACAGGAAAAAUUUCAAUCUGUCUGUUUGUCGUUAUCUCUGUCUGGAUGAGGCUGAUCGAAUGAUUGAUCUCGGAUUUGAAGAGGAUAUCAGGACCAUUCUCACCUACUUUAAGGGCCAGAGACAGACGCUUCUCUUCAGCGCCACCAUGCCUAAGAAGAUCCAGAACUUUGCCAAGAGCGCCCUCGUAAUGCCCAUAACAGUCAACGUUGGUCGUGCCGGUGCAGCUAGCUUGGAUGUCAUCCAGGAAGUGGAGUAUGUUAAACAAGAAGCCAAGAUGGUUUAUCUUCUGGAAUGCCUGCAGAAGACUCCCCCACCGGUGUUGAUCUUUGCAGAGAAGAAAGCUGAUGUAGAUGACAUCCAUGAAUAUUUAUUGUUGAAAGGAGUGGAAGCUGUGGCCAUCCAUGGAGGCAAAGAUCAGGAGGAGAGAACACGCUCAGUAGAGCAGUUUCGUCAGAAGGAGAAGGAUGUCUUAGUGGCUACAGACGUUGCUUCUAAAGGUCUUGACUUCCCCGAUAUUCAACACGUUAUUAAUUAUGAUAUGCCAGAAGACAUUGAAAACUAUGUUCAUAGAAUUGGAAGAACUGGCCGCUGUGGCAAGACGGGUAUUGCGACCACCUUCAUCAAUAAAUCAUGCGAGGAGUCAGUCUUAUUGGAUCUGAAGCAUUUGCUUCUUGAGGCAAAGCAGAGAGUUCCUCCAGUUUUGGUUGCACUCGGAGGCAAUGAAGAGAUGCUCAACAUGGGAGAUGAGCGUGGAUGUUCUUUCUGUGGUGGAUUGGGUCAUCGUAUCACAGAGUGUCCUAAACUAGAAGCUCUACAGACCAAGCAAGCAAGCACCAUUGGUCGCAAAGACUACCUUGCUAACAGUGCUGCUGACUGGUAGAUGCAACUCAAAGUCGCAAACCUUGCAGUUCCUUAUUGUUUGAACGUGACGUUAGGAGGGAAAACGUCCGAGCCCAUGCGCGGUAUUAUUUUUCAGAACUUUUGGAGCAUCUGAAGUAAUUUUUUUCCUUUGAAAAUAUCUGUGCCCCAAUCAAACCCAGAUUUGACAAAGGAAAGUCUACUGUAUCCUGCCAUAGAAUGCUCGGAGUUGCCUCCCAUUGAGCCGAAUCUGAUGAUAAGUAAUGGUGGCAGGCUGGCCAGUCUUGUAUGAAACUUUUGUAUAACGGUCUGGAAUCGGGGAUUAAUUAAUAACCCCUUAAAAGGGUCUAUGUAACUUUUGUCGGACAAUGUCCACAGAUUUACACUAAACUUACACAGUUUGAAGAUAAUG